AUGCCCCCGUCAUUAGCGCAGCAGGUCGCCGUCGACAAGCUCCCCGGCGGCGACGGCGGCGACGAGUUCGUCUCGCGCGAGCUGCCCAUCCGGCUGGGCAACGCGCUGCCCAUCGCCUACGGCGGCUGCGCCAUCGCCAACGCCGUGAGCGCCGCCUGCGCGACCGUCCCCGCGCGGGUGCACCUGUACUCGGUGCUCGGCAACUUCCUCGGCCCGGCCCUGACGGACCGCAAGCUGUACUGCUCCGUGCACCGCACGCGCGACACGCGCUCCUUCUCCACGCGCCGCGUGCAGGUGAGCCAGCGGCUCGACGGCGGCGAGCGGCGCGUCUGCCUCGAGCUGCUGGCCGACUUCCACGCCGACGAGCCCUCGACGCUCGAGUACUCGGCCCGCCCCGCCGCCGCCUACGCGCCGCCGCACAACUGCCCCGGGCUCGAGGAGCAGAUGGGCAUCCUCCGGUCCCAGGGCCUCGUCUCCGACGGGGAGGCGGCCGAGUUCCAGCGCAGCCUCGGCGCGCAGGCGCACUACUGGGACAUGCGGUACUGCGCCAACGGCGUCGCGGGCCAGAACCUCGCCGGCGUGCUCAAGUCGGCGCCCACGACGCAGGACGGCCUGCGCCCGACGGAGAAGGUGUCGGCCGAGUGGCAGCGGGCGCGCGAGGCCCUGGCCUCCGAGGCCGAGAACAUGGCGGCGCUGGCCUUCCUCAUGGACGCCGCCAUCUCCUUCGUGCCCCUGACGCACGGCAACAUGUGGUUCGACGACGCGGCCGCCUGCUCCUCGCUCGACUUUGCGCUGCGCGUCUUCGCGCCCGGCGUCGACAUGCGGCGCUGGACGCUGCGGGAGCGCGGCGUCUCGAGGGCCGGCAUGGGCCGGUCCUACGGCGAGGCGCUGCUGUGGGACGACAAGGGCAACCUGCUGGCGUCCAUGACGCAGCAGUCCAUCCUGAGGUUGAAGAAGGGCGUGACUCCUCCCAAGGCGAGCUUGUGA